GUGGUAUUUCUGUUUGAAAAAAACGUCUUGAUCCCCUAGUGGGAGCGCAUUAACGCUUGGUCCCAAAAGAAGCUUGGACAUGGCUGACAACAACCCCAAGAUCAUGAAUCUGUCGUCUUGAUGAGUGACCUUGAACUCUACCAAUGCUGAAACCAAGCAAUGGAAUAGAUGCAAGUCUGUGUGCCAAGGAAAACCUCCCCCUGACGUUAUCUUGCAUGACAGAAGCCUGUUUUUUGGGAAACAAGUCAGGUUUUGAGCCAAAACCAGAGAUGCUCAUACCAAGGCAUCCUUAUGGGCUACAGCCUUGCUACACCAACUGAAAGCACUAGAAAACUGCACCUCUUGCUUAGAGGAUGUGCUACUGAGUGGAUGCAAAGACUGACUCCUCUGCCAUCUCUCCGCAACAUUAACAAUUAGUGUAUACGGUUUAAAAAAUGGUAACCAAAAAUGGUGUCUGAAUGUGGCAUUUUGUGGUUGGGCAUGCUAAAAGGUGUGAGGCUCUCUCAGAAAAGUAUAACAGCUGACUAAUAGUCUGCUGCUAAUAAUGGAUGCCAAGUUAAAAGAGGACCUGUUCCGGAGGUAUGUGACAGCACUGGAGAAGCGCCUGGAGGAAGGAGGGGAUAACAGGGGGACUGGAAGUACGCAAGAAGGGGAAAGAAGCAGACACAAGGACAGUGAGGCCUUACUUUCCACAGCCACAGCUCUGCUAGGAGCCUAUCAGCCAGAUCCGGCACAGCGAUUUCGCAUGGUGCGUUUCUAUGAGGUAGUGGAGAACUCCCUCCGCUCCCAGAGAGGAGUUAACCUGAAGGGCCUGGAGAGAGCCUUCCAUACCCUGGAAACCAUCUGCACCAACCUCCUGCUCUUCCCUUGGAAGAAGGAAUUCAGAUGUAUAAAGACCUUCACUGGCCCAUAUGUGUACCAUCUGCAGUCUGCCAUUUCUGAUGCUGAACUCCGAACUUUAAUGCGCACCAUUGGCUACACCUGUGACCAUGAUUCGCAGUUCCAUUUGCAGGAGCAUCCAGGAGGUGCAAAUCAUCUGCGGCAGUUGGCAUUUGAACUCUUCCUGGCCCAGGCAGAGUGUCGUCUUCUGGGAGAGGUAGUGGCUCUGGCCCGUGGUUCAGCGUCAGAACUGGAGGCCCUGGAGCUCCGCAGAGGUUGCAGAGAUGAUGCAGCUGGCUGUGCUGAAGCGCUCCGCAGACGUGACAGCCUUGGGGCAGAUAUGGCUCGGCUGUCCGUGCGGCCAUUGGAUAUAGAAAAGCCUCAUGCCCACCACCUUAGGCGAGGUAGCCGACCAUCUAAGUCUGUGGAUGUUACAGAUGGGGCUGGUCACUGGCAUGCAGCGGUUAGCAAGCCUGUCUUGAAGGCUUCACUGAGUCUGAGGAAGGAGCCUCUAUUUGUGGAUGCAGAGGAGGAUAUGAAAGAUGAGAUCAUCAGGCCCAGCACCUCAAUAUCUCUUUCCUCUGUGGUUGCUCCACCUUCCUAUAGCCCUGUUGCAGAUUUCUUCCCAAUUCAGUCACCUCCCCCAGCGGAUCCCUACACAUCCUACCAUCCAUCCUCUUUAGAUGAGAUUGACUUGUACACAGAGAGGGGUGGGGCUGGCACAGGAGGAAGGCAGACCCCGUCUCGACCUCUAUCCAGAGAGCCUCGAGAUGGAAGGGAUGGGUGGCUGCACAAAGGUCAUGGUAGUGUGAAGUGCCAGGGUUGCGGGCUGGGCUGCACCACAAUGGCCUCCUGCCAGAGGUGUGACAUGAUCCUCUGUUCUGCCUGUCAUGAUGUGGACCCCUCCCCUUGCUGUGGCCUGCAGGACUACCAUCUAAAAUCUCCACGACCUCUUGAUGGAUACAUUCCUGUCAAGGAAAAGCUCUCUGUCUACUCUAAUACUCAUACUCACUCCCAUCUCCAUCCACACCCCCUCACACUGACCCACUCACAUUCUCAUCCCCACCCUCACCCUCAGAUGGUGGAGAAGCCCCUCAUGUCCACUAAGCUGUUUCCCAGCAAGUCUGUUGCCUUGACAACACCAAAGGGAGGCAGCAGUGAGCGAAUAAGCAUGGGGGGAUCGCGAUGCGGGUUUUGCAACAAGCCAGGUGCAUCACACACCUGUGUGAACUGUUCGAAAGUGUCAUGUGACUCGUGCAUGGGCUUGUAUGCAAAAGAUAUGUGCACGCGAAAGAAUCCUCAGCACAACUUUGUGCCCAACCAUCAGCUCAACUUCAAAACUGGCACCAUAUCUCACCUGGUGUACCGAUGAAUCAGGCAGACAGAAUAUUCUUUUUCCCUUCCACUCCCCUCCUUUAACUUGCAACAUAUUCUUGCACGAUUACUUUAGCUUUCUUUCCAUUUAAAUUAUUCAUGUUCUUCAUCUCGGUCCAGUGCUUUAUUUAUUUUUUUGGUCUUAGUUUUAUUUUUCCUAACCCUCUUUUAAACUAUGUACAUUUUCUCUUACUGUUGUAGGGCCAUUGGAUGCACAUGCCACAGAGAGCCAUAUCGUCUGCCCAUCUCUCUGCCUUGUACAAGAUCAGGCCUUUUAUCUAUUUCUUCUUCCUUUUACCUUGCUACCUGCUCUUGAGUAGUCAUGUGAUGUUGUAGCGCUUCCCAAAUCCCUCAAAUCUUGUCCUCAUCAAAAAGGGAAACUGGAGAAAGUUUAAUUCCUUCUCAUUUUGAAUGAAUUCCGUCCAAAUGAACAUAAUCUACUU